AUUGCCCACACUAGGGCUUCAGAGAGCGGUGCACGCAUGCGCCGCCGCUGAACCGGAGUAGCCAGUCGAAGGCCUAGGCGCAGACGCACUACGCCCAAGCAGCCGAUGAUGGCGGCAGCGGCGGCGGUGGCUGCGGCGGGUCCGGGCCCAUGAGGCGACGACGGAGGCGGGACGGCUUUUACUCAGCGCCAGACUUCCGAGACCAGGAAGCUGAGGACAUGGCAGGAGUGUUUGACAUAGACCUGGACCAGCCAGAGGACGCGGGCUCUGAGGAUGAGCUGGAGGAGGGGGGUCAAUUAAAUGAAAGCAUGGACCAUGGGGGAGUUGGACCAUAUGAACUUGGCAUGGAACAUUGUGAGAAAUUUGAAAUCUCAGAAACUAGUGUGAACAGAGGGCCAGAAAAAAUCAGACCAGAAUGUUUUGAGCUACUUCGGGUACUUGGUAAAGGGGGCUAUGGAAAGGUUUUUCAAGUACGAAAAGUAACAGGAGCAAAUACUGGGAAAAUAUUUGCCAUGAAGGUGCUUAAAAAGGCAAUGAUCGUAAGAAAUGCUAAAGAUACAGCUCAUACAAAAGCAGAACGGAAUAUUCUGGAGGAAGUAAAGCAUCCUUUCAUUGUGGAUUUAAUUUAUGCCUUUCAGACUGGUGGAAAACUCUACCUCAUCCUUGAGUAUCUUAGUGGAGGAGAACUAUUUAUGCAGUUAGAAAGAGAGGGAAUAUUUAUGGAAGAUACAGCCUGCUUUUACUUGGCAGAAAUUUCCAUGGCUUUGGGGCAUUUACAUCAAAAGGGGAUCAUCUACAGAGACCUGAAGCCGGAGAAUAUCAUGCUUAAUCACCAAGGUCAUGUAAAACUAACAGAUUUUGGAUUAUGCAAAGAAUCUAUUCAUGAUGGAACAGUGACACACACAUUUUGUGGAACAAUAGAAUACAUGGCCCCUGAAAUAUUGAUGAGAAGUGGCCACAAUCGUGCUGUGGAUUGGUGGAGUUUGGGAGCAUUAAUGUAUGACAUGCUGACUGGAGCACCCCCAUUCACAGGGGAGAAUAGAAAGAAAACAAUUGAUAAAAUCCUCAAAUGUAAACUCAAUUUGCCUCCCUACCUCACACAAGAAGCCAGAGAUCUGCUUAAAAAGCUGCUGAAAAGAAAUGCUGCUUCUCGUCUUGGAGCUGGUCCUGGGGAUGCUGGAGAAGUUCAAGCUCAUCCAUUCUUCAGACAUAUUAAUUGGGAAGAACUGCUGGCUCGGAAGGUGGAGCCCCCAUUUAAACCUCUGUUGCAAUCUGAAGAGGAUGUGAGUCAGUUUGAUUCAAAGUUUACACGUCAGACACCUGUUGACAGCCCAGAUGACUCAACUCUCAGUGAAAGUGCCAACCAGGUCUUUCUGGGUUUUACAUAUGUGGCUCCAUCGGUACUUGAAAGUGUAAAAGAAAAGUUUUCUUUUGAACCAAAAAUUCGAUCGCCUCGAAGAUUUAUUGGCAGCCCAAGAACACCUGUCAGAGAGCCCGGCAAGCUACCCAGAAUAUCGCAUCUGCAUGGAAGAGCCUGGCAAGCUACCCGUGGCAUAAUGGAUAUGCCAAAAACUGUAGCAAUAACUCUCACAAUGAGAGACAUUACUGGUGCCCACUCGAACAAAUCGCAAAGGGAUGACAGUGACUCUUGGUGACAGAGAACGGAGUUAAUGUACUUGCUAACUCGUGGCCAACCUGAGUUCAAUCCCUGGCACUGUAUGCAUAGGUCCCUGAGCAUACAGCCAGGAGUAAGCCAUCAAGUCCUCAGCCUCAUGUAGCCCAAACUGCCUCCUUCCCAUCAAAUAAAAUAGAAUGACAUUGUGCGGAUGCAGAUACUCCUCUGGUAAGGACACAGCCUGAUGGUGAUCAUUUUCUGGCAAAGUCUAGGACAUUGUCCUAAGAUAGGAAUAAAUCAGAACUGAAUGACAUUUUCUUUGUGUCUUAAAAGACGAAUUAUUUCAGCAUAAGCUUUACUAGAUCAAUUAUAGUAAAACGGCUAAUAAACUGUCAGACUUAUGAAAAAAUGUUGGCUAUGGCUGAACUUAAUAGGAUGAGAGCAAAACUUAUUACUAUCUUACUAACCCAAUCUUACUAAAAGGGGUUAGUGUGGUCCACUUUGUUGAUAACCUUUGUGUUAUUUAUUUCAGUUUUGGAGCCAUAUCCAGCAAGUGCCCUACCUGCUGUUCUAUCUCUCUGGCCCUGUUGGUAUCCUUUAAACAUUAUUAUGGGAGCCAGAGUAAAGCUGAGUGGACUGGGCACAUGCUCUGCACGUAGGAAGCUUGGGUUCCAUCCCUCCUGGUUUCAAUCCCUGGCACUAUGUAUUCUCUUGAGCACUGUUGGAGGUAAACCCAAGCACUGCCGGGUAUGGUCCAAAAAUCACAAACAAAUACAUAAAUAAAAAUAUUAUUAGUUUGGCUUCCUAAUAAGUCAUCCCCUAAGCAAUGACCAAAUAACUGUUACCAGUGGACUGUAGCCAAGGGAUCAUACUCUCAAAUCUGAUUAUCACAAUACGAAAAACUUCUAAUGCUACAAUAGAGCAAACAAACUGGGUCAGAGAGAUAGUACAGUAUGUUUGAGGCUCUUACCUUGCAUCCAUCCUGCCAAGCCCAGUUUGAAUCCCUAGCACUGCAUAUGGGCCCCUGUGCACUGCCAGGGGUCAUUCCUGAGCAGAGCCAGGGAUAGGCCCUGGGCAUUGCCAGGUAUGGUCCUAAAAGAGCAAAUGAUUGUUUAAUAGAUACCCUUUGCCCUACAGUUUGUCACAGCAGUAAAAUCACAUAGUAACCAAGUUUAUAAUUAGAAUUUCCAUUCCAUGCUGUGAACUAAUUUUUUACAGACAGAAUUAGAAAUUGGUGUGAGAAUUUCGUCCAGUGAGAAAUUUUCAAGGCACAUGUAUUACUAAUUUUUUGUUGCACCUGGCAGUGCUCAAGAUUUACUUCUAGCUUUGUGCUCAGGGAUCACUCCUGGCAGGGCUCGGCGGACUAUACAGGGUUCCAGGGAUCAAAUACAGGUCUGUUGCAUGCAAGGCAGGGCCCUGCCUGCUGUACUAUCACUCCGGCCAC